CGAGGUAGCGCCGGGCGCCUCCGCCGACUGCUGCGCUCGCCUCCGUCCGCGGCUCCGGCGCUUCGCCUCGUGCCUGCGCGCCCGGCCGGCGCUUCCGAAGCCGCGCCUCUUGGACGCCUCCGCCGGGAUGGCCUCGGAGGGGCCGCCGGGGGCCGCCGCCCUCCUGCUGCUGCUGGCGCUGCUGGCGCUGCUGGCGGCGCUGAGCCCGCGGGCCCGGUUCCGGGCGAAGAUCGGCAGCUACUGCGUGCUCUGCGUGCUCUGCUCCGCCUUCACCAGCCUCGCUUGCCUGCUCUGGAACGGCGGGCGCACCGUCCGGAACAUGACGAUCAUCAAAAAUGUGGUCCGCAGCUUCAAGUACUUAUACGGCCUGAGGCUCGAGGUGAAGGGUCUGGAGCACUUUGACAUCGAGGGUCCGUGUGUCAUCGUUUCCAACCACCAGAGCAUCCUGGACAUGAUCGGGCUGAUGGAAAUCCUUCCAGAGCGCUGCGUCCAGAUUGCCAAGAAGGAGCUGCUGUACACGGGGCCCGUGGGGAUGGUCAUGUACCUUGGCGGGGUGAUCUUCAUCAACCGGAAGAGCACCAGCACCGCCAAGUCCGUGAUGUCUGGAGUCAGCCAGGCCAUGGUCAGCGAGAACGUCAAGGUGUGGAUCUACCCAGAGGGAACAAGGAAUAUGAACGGGGAUCUUUUGCCAUUCAAGAAGGGCGCUUUUCAUCUUGCAAUCCAGACACAGGUUCCAGUCAUUCCUGUGGUCUAUUCCUCCUUUUCUUCCUUUUACAACCCGGAAAAGAAUAUGUUUACAUCAGGCAGAAUCCAGGUGGAAAUCCUGCCGCCCAUCUCAACUAUGGGCCUGACAGCUCAGGACAUUGAUGAGCUCACCAACCAGUGCUACACCACCAUGAAGGAAACCUUCUUCAGGUUGUCAGGAAGGACCAGGGAAGCCAAUGGAGAGGCCUCCAUCUGUGGGCAGUAAGGUCUCUUCCCAAAAUGCAGUGUUGGAAGGAUCUCUCUGUUGCCAAAAACUGUUGUAAUGGCCCCCUUGCUUGAUGUUGUGGGGAAAACUUUUAGGUUGUUCCUAAAGAACUGAGUGAGGGGAGGAGGAAAUUCCACUGGUGGAUAUGCUCAAACCUCUCACGUGGCCUCUCUCCCCCCACCUUCUUUUCCACAGACUGACCAGUACCAAAGAUUUCUGCUUUGGAAGGGCCCUCUCCAGUGCCCACAACCAGCGGUUUAAACCCAAGUGCCUUUUCUCUCUCGGGUAUUCCAGGGAUUGGGGACCACGGCUUCCUCCUUGCCCUCAGCACAUCUGGGGGUGAUGGUGUGGGGGCACGGGGUUAUCUCUUAGGAGAAAAGUCAUUUUGGUGGAAAGGCCCAGCAGCUCUGCCUUUUGGCUCUUUUUCCCUAGGGAAGAUGAGUCAGGUCCCGCUAUUUUAUGCAGCUACUCGUUGAGAGAGGAAUGUGCCCGAACCAGUAAUGAUCCUCGUUCAGAACAGGAGAUGCUGGGUUUUUGCUUUAAUGAGGCUGCAUCUAUUACUGUUGGUGGCAGGAUAUGUGGACACCCCGCCCAAGCUCCCCACAAGUAGGCUGGGAAGUGUGUGAAGGACCCCUGACGGUGACCCAGCAAAUUCUCUCCUCUGCUUGGCUCAACCCUGGAGUUGCUCCAGGCAGUGAGAUGCUCUACAUUGGCAGGAGAGUGCGUAGCACUAAUACGAGUAUCAGAAUGGCCAGUGUGGAGGUCUUAUAGGUAUGCUGAAGAGUCAGAGGCUGUUUGUAUGAAACAACCGCUGCUCUCUGAACCCACUUUAAAAAUUGCCUAAGAAUAAGGGAGCUUUCUUAGUUAUUUCUCCCUGUUCUUUUCUUUGAGGAUACUAUAGCUAUGUUGCAAGAGCAAGUAUUUCAAGGAUUUUAUUUCAUUGGAAGGUCACCAAAAGUUAUCUCACAUGUUUUGGGUGCUGGAGUGCAAAGCAGACAUAUUAACUGGGAAAUUUUGGGAUUCUUGUGACAGGGGAGAGAAGAGAGCUGGCCAGGGUGAUGGUAAAAAUACAGUUGGGGGAGGGAAUUUCCAAAGAGUUGUGGAUGUGCAAAGAGAUUUGAUUAAACUUACCUGCAUUAA